CUGGUCCGUGUUUGUAGUCAGUGUUGAAACGUGCCGGCGAUCACAACUAUUACCAGUUACCAGUUACCGUCUGUCUCGGGCGCGAUUUUUGGUGUGAACCAGUGAUCCGAAAAGAGGUCGCAAACCUAUACCUAACAGUACAUAACUGCAGUAUAUCUCCCGAAUUGGAAGUGAAAAGUCAGCGAAAGCAUAUAACCGCAACUAGAAAAUUUGUGGAUCGAAACGCAGCAGUAAAAGAUGGCCAGCAACAUCGGACCGGCUGCUCAUCGUAGAGUGAAGGAGAAAAAACAGCACAAUGUAACUAACCCAAAUUCGCCAAAUUCGGAUGAAGCUCCAUCGGCCAUUAUAAGUCCGACGACGUCCGAGGUGGAGAUUAUCGAUUGCCCUCAGGUGCAAACAGACGAUGCCACCUCACCAGAUGAAACCGUCGCCGUCAGCAGCGGAAUCGAUAAUAUUAUUAUUAGUAACAGUAGUAGUGCUGACCAAAAAGCACCCGCCAAAACCACCUCGGUCAUCAGAUUUGAAGAACUCGACACCGAGGACAAGUUGGAGUACCGCUUCUACCCGGCUACAAAUGGGGUGGUCAACUUCAAGGUUCGCGCCGCUAACGAUGCCCAUCUGGCGCUGACUACCGGACCGGAGGAAUCGGACCCGAUGCUGGAGGUCUUCAUCGGUGGCUGGAAAAAUAGCAAAUCGGUCAUCCGCAAGAACCGCACCAAGCCGGACGUGGCCGAGGUGGACACUCCCGAUGUGCUGAAUGCCGGCGAGUUCCGCGGAUUUUGGGUCAAGUGGUUCGAUGAUAACAAAGUUAUCACCGUCGGCAUGGAAGGGGCGGCCGCAGCUUUCUUGUCCUACGAAAACCCGGAACCGUUCCCGAUUAACUAUGUCGGAGUGUGCACCGGUUGGGGAGCGUGUGGAUCGUGGAUCAUCGAGCAGAACGAAUCCGCUCCAUCGGCUCCGGCUGCUGCCCUAGUUUCAGGAGGGGCAGCUUGCUGGGUUCCCGCAGCCAACGGCGAGAUUCCACCAGGUGCCGUUGUGGGUGGAAGCGAUGGUGGAUCCGAUGAGCCGAUUUACAUUGGCCGUGCACAGCAUGAAGGAGCCAUCAUUCCUGGAAAGGUUGUGGCAUCUCAUGGGGUGUGCUACGUUGCCUGGGGAGGCGCAGAAAAUCCGAAAGCUGAAUACGAAGUUUUGUGUGAUGGUACUGGUACAUUUGUACCCGUUUCCGGAGGUGAAAUUCCACCAAAUGCUCUGCCGGCCGGAGAAUCUGAGGAUGGUGAACCAUUGUUCAUUGGACGUGUACCACAUGAAGGCUCCGUCACGGUGGGAAAAGUCCAGCAAUCGCACGGUGUUUGCUACAUUCCAUACGGAGGACAGGAAAUGGCAUUUGCCGAAUAUGAAAUCUACGUUAGUCAGUAGAUGAAGAACUUGUAAAGUUCUACAGAAUAUUUCGCAUGUAGCACCAGGACAGCCUUCUACUGAUCAGCACAAAACAAAUAACACAUGAAAUCUCAUCGGAUGCCUGAGCAGAUCAGCGGUUACCACAAGCAGCUCGAAUAUUUAAUAUUUUUAGGCAGGAGUAAAUGCUCGCUAAAAUUACAUUUAUUUAACGUAAGCACUUAUUGUAUUUAUUUGAUAUAACAGUUGAAUUAUAAAAAAAAAUGCUUCCACAUAUCAGUA